GAGCACCAGUGUAGUAACAAUGGUGGAAGAAAAUUUGCGAAUUCACACAUUUACCGAGAUUCCGUCACCGGAGAUAUUCUCUUCUCAAAUUGAACCCAAAAACGUUCCAGCAGUCUUCAAAGGAUGUAUAAAGAAUUGGAAGGCUUUCUCAAAAUGGAACCCGUCGGACGGUGGCCUAAUCUACUUGCAGGAACGUGUAGGCUCAGUAGCUGUGGAAGCUAUGCUGUCCAGAUCUGCACCAGUCUUUUAUGGUGAUAUUAGAAGCCAUGAAAGGGUCCCAUUGAGCUUCUCUACCUUUAUCAGAUAUUGCUUGGGCCUAUUGAAGAAUAGGGAUGGAAGGCGAGAUGAUUUUUUGGAAUCUCAGAAGCAUAGUCUUGUAGUAUCUGACACUGAGCAAACUGAUUUACAUUUUGGAGAAGCUCCUCAGCAAUUUUAUUUAGCACAGGUUCCAAUUCUGAAUUUUGAGAAAAAUGAACACAUGCAACUGGAGUGCCUUGGAGAAGAUAUUCAAACGCCUGUACCUUUGGAGACCAAAAGCCUGUCUUCUGUUAAUUUGUGGAUGAACAGCAUGAAGGCUAGAUCCAGCACACACUACGAUCCACACCACAACCUCUUAUGUAUAGUCUCUGGAUGCAAGGAAGUUACUUUAUGGCCACCUUCUGCAACUCCUUACUUAUAUCCACUACCUCUGUAUGGGGAGGCUUCAAACCACAGCUCUGUUACUUUAGAAGAACCAGAUCUUUCACUCUAUCCAAGGGCGACAUGCCUAAGUGACUUUUCGCAAAAGGUUGUUCUUCAUGCUGGUGAUGCCCUGUUCAUUCCUGAAGGAUGGUUUCAUCAAGUGGAUAGCGAAGUUUUAACCAUCGCUGUCAACUUUUGGUGGCGGUCCAUGACAAUAUCUGGCAUGUUGGAGCAUAUGGAUGCAUAUUAUCUGCGUAGAAUAUUGAAAAGAUUGACUGAUAAGGAAAUGAAUAAGAUGCUGCAUUUUCCUUCAAGUAGUAUGGAUAAAACUAUGACUUGUACUACUUCCCGGCCUAAUAAUGCAUAUAGAGAUCAUGUACACCAAGGAAUCAGCACGAAUUGUGGCGACAGAAGUUCAAAAGAUGAGCUUAAGUCGAAAGUGAUGCUGCAAGAUUUGGAACCAUGUGCAUCACAGUCUCUGAGUGAACUUAUUUUAUUGGUUCAUAACCGUCUCAAUCCAAGCAAGCUGACGGAAUCUACAGAUAAUUCAUCUGCUGGGGAGAAUGAUGAGACGAAUAAAAGAAAAGAGGACUCAUGUAGCACCAGCGGUGAUCCAGUUGCUAAUCUUAUUUUGACUCUUCAUCCACUUGGAAUCCACAGUGUCUUUCUUGCAAUGGCGAACCAUUUUCCAAGAACAUUAGAGGCCUUAGUAUUGCAUGCACUCACUCCUGUUGGAUCGGAAAUCCUCACUCGAAAAUUUGAAGAGAUGGAUCAGCUAAUUUCAGGAGACGACCAGAACCAAUUCUACCAGAUCUUUUAUGGCGUGUUUGAUGACCAGUCUGCGGCUAUGGAUGUACUUCUGAAUGGCAAGGAGUUAUUUGCUCGUCAGGCAUUUGAAAAUGUGCUCGGUCAGUACCUGGGAAAUAAUCCUGAUGGGCCGAAGCAACAAACCAAAUAGAUACCAACUGGCACUUCAAAAAGAAUACGGUCUUUGAAUCGCAUGACCGACUUCUCCUCUCCACCCUUUUCCUCCUCAUUUGGUAUUUAAAUUGGAUAACCGACUUCUCCCUCUCCACCUUUUUCCUCUUCAUUUGGUACUGCACUUGUAACCCUAUAUUACUGAGUCCCUACUUACAUUAGCUGCCAUUUUAUUGCGUGUUUUUGUAGAUUUUGUGACAUAAUUUCAUAUUGAAGUUCAGAAUUGUUUCUGUUUAUAUUGUGUAAUUAAUACCU